AUGGAGUCUCCACGUUGUGAGCAGAGGAUCACAAAGGUCUCUCUAGCUGAGAUUCUGAGGUGUUUUGAACAUCCUCUAAGCGAAGAGCAAGCCUGGGCUGUUUGCUUUCAAUGUUGCUGUAAAAUGGAGCAGUUGACUCAGGGGCAGUGCCCACCACUCCAUUUUAUAUUCCUAAAAGGUCUAGGAAGCAUCUUCAUCCAUGCUGAUGGUACUGCUUCCUUCAAGACAUACCACAAGCCUGCCAUUGGCAGCAUUCAGCAGUCAGAGGAAAAGCUGAUGAAGUACUUGGGAGUGGUGAUCUAUGAAGCCCUGGACUGGGGAAUUGACAGUCAAGUGGAGCGAGAACUGAGUGAGCCUUUGGAGAAACUGCUGUGCUUCAUGUUGAAGCUGGACGAUGAGAGGAUGAAGCCAGCAGUCACCCUGCAAGAUGUUAUCAAGGCCUGUGAGGAGCACUUGUCCAGGCCUUCUGAGGCUACCAGCCAUUAUGAAAUGACCUGUAGGAAUCUGUUUACUGAAUAUAUGGAACUUCAGAAGCUUAUGGCCAUCAUCCAGACCUCCAAAGAGAGCCUGAGAAAAAUGGAUGCAGAGGAUUUGAUGGGAAAUGCCCUUCCAAAGGAGAAAAAAUACUCGGCAUCCCUGUGGCCGAACGUCAUCGGGGAGCUGCAGAGCGGCGUGAGGCUGCACAAGGCCGCUGAGCGACCACAGUGUCACACACCUCCAAAGGAGCGUAUCCUCUCUCCCUACGAACUGCUUCUGGAUGAUAUUCAGCACCAGAGGUAUACCCUUCGGAAGGUGAUCGUCAAGCAAAAUCAUGGGACUCCCAAAGCUGAUGUAGCUGCUCCCAAGCCUCAUCUAAAGCCUGUGCUGGAGAGGAAGCUGAAUGAGUGUGUGCCAUCAGAGUCCAGAUGGCAUCAACAGCUCAUGGUAGAAAUAAAAGGACCACAGAAGCUUUGGUCAUCACAAGCAAAGGAAAAUGGGAGCAGGCCCAAAGAAAUGCUUGUGGCAGCAAAUAUCACCUUGAAACCUCCAAGCAACAGUUUCUUAACUCUCCAGGACGCCAGUGCUGAGUCAAAAAUUGUCAACACUACAACACAGCAGCUGGGACCAGGACUUCAGGAAACCACUCCCAAGCUGCCUUCCAGCACGUGGCUUCCCUCAACCAGCUCAUCAGUAGUAUCCUGCAACAGCACAGGUCUCACUGCAAAUUGCAUAUGGUCUUCCAUGAGGGCAUCUCCACUAGGAGACAUUAAAGCUAAUGGUUUCCUGAAUGCUGGCCAACAGCAGAUGCCUCCAUACAGAGAAAGGUCCAAAUCUUUAGAGAGAUGCCUUCAAAUCAAAGAACUUGACUGUCCCUUUACUACCAAGUGGCCAUCACCAACCAUUGCUGAGCUGAUUGGAACCAGAUACACAAUGAUGGUGCUGCAAGGGCAAGGCCCUUUCCAAGGAGGUAUUGAUGGUGUCUUUCCAAGAGCAAAGAUCUGUUUCAGCUGCCACAAGCAGAUGUUUCUUAAGUGGCCUUACAACUGUUACCUCUGCAGCAGUGUUGUCUGCUGUGACUGCUGCAUCAAGAUGUCCAUGCCCUUCAGAACGUGUGUACAUAUCCCACUUCACUUCCUAAAACUUUUGAGACUCUCCAGAGAGGAGGACCCAGUCACUCAAGAGCAGAAGAGCUCCAAGUUGCUUCAUGAAAUAGAGCACUGGGAGUACUUUGGUGUACCUGUUAUUUUGGAGCCCCGCUGCCUAGCACACCCUCUGUGCCAUUACACAGGGACCAUGGCAGACUGGCUGACUGCUGACAUCUGUACAUGUUGUGAGCAGUAUCUGUUGAACAUGGCUUCCACUCAACAGCAGAGCAUCCCUCUCAGGAGAAAUUCCUGGCCCUGAACCAACCUAGAAUGACUCUCCCAUACAUUUCUCCUGCCACUUGUUCUGUACCUGAAGCAAAUGAAACAGCUUUAUGCACCUAUUG